UGCUCCGGGCCAGGCCCUGGCUCCGGCCCCUGUCCCGGCCGCCGCCUCGCAGUUCGCCCUCCUGGUGAUGCACCCCUGCGGCGGGCAGGACGACUCCGCGGCCGAGGGCGUCCCGAGGCGGGCUCCGGCCCUGGGGGACGGCGCCGGGGCGGGCAAGCCCAUUCGGUACCUGUGCGAGGUGGCGGGGGCCGGCGAGGAGGAGGCGGGGGACGACGAGGCCGACCUGCUGGACGCUUCUGACGCCCCGGGGGGAGGCGAGAGCACGGCUAGUUUGGAGGACCUGGAGGACGAGGAGACCCACUCCGGGGGCGAGGGUGGCAGCGGCGGAGCCCGGCGACGGGGCGGCGGCGGGGGCAGCACGAGCAAGACCUGCACCUUCGAGGGUUGCAGCGAGACCACGAGCCAGGUGGCCAAGCAGCGCAAGCCUUGGAUGUGCAAGAAACACCGCAACAAGAUGUACAAGGACAAGUACAAAAAGAAGAAAAGUGACCAGGCCCUGAACUGCAGUGGGGCCGCCCAGGCCGGCAGCACAGGAAACGUCAGACUGGAGGAAAGUACAGAUAACAUACUCUCCAUUGUUAAACAAAGAACAGGAACCUUUGGGGAUCGUCCUGCAAGACCUACUCUUUUAGAACAAGUGUUAAAUCAAAAAAGACUGUCAUUACUAAGAAGUCCAGAAGUGGUGCAAUUUUUACAGAAACAGCAACAACUAUUAAAUCAGCAAGUUUUGGAGCAAAGACAGCAGCAGUUUCCAGGAACAUCAGUGUGAAAGAAUUUAUCAAGAAGAUUCACAUGUUUUUUAUUUUGUAUAGUAGAUGGACAUAUUUUUAUACUAAAGAUAAAUGGGAUAAGAUAUUCUAGUAAAGCAUAAACAGUCGUUUUCCUAUAAAUGUAUGUGUGCAUUUGGGGAUAAAUAAGUAUUGCACUUUGUGCAUCUAAUCCUUCCAUAUUGCCAUGAAUUUGAAGAAACAGCCUAUCUUUCCAAAGUAACAUUUAAUUACACUUGUUUUUAUAAGCAUAGUGUUUCACUUCAGUCAUUGUUACUGAAGGUAAUGAAGCAGUUACUUUCUGUGGAAGUCACAAAAUUAGUACAUAUUAAUCUUUGAUCAUUAGUUCAGUGGUUCUUAUUAAGGGCAGUCAGAAAGGAUGGAUAUGUUUUUGGUAGUCACAGUGACCUUGAAACUCCUAGUUUUUAGUGAAUGGAUCAGGAAUCCUAAAUGUCCUACCAUGUCUGGAAUGACCGUUCACAACUAAUGAUUAUCUCACGCACAAUGCCAGUAAUCCUCCUCUUAAGAAACACUGAUAGUUUGAAAAUGAGUGGGAAAUAUCAGUGAGGGUGACAGAACAUGAGACACUCCUAACUCUAGGAAACGAACAAGGGGUGGUAGAAAGGCAGGUGGGCGGGGGGAUGGGGUGACUGGGUGAUGGGCACUGAGGGGGCACUUGACAGGAUGAGCACUGGGUAUUAUGCUAUAUGUUGGCAAAUUGAACUCCAAUAAAAAAUAUACAAAAAAACCCUA